UACAACAGUGUCGGUAAUGUCGCGCGGACCUUCGUAUUUGUUGUGCCGAUGUGACACGUCAAGACGUACCCACGUGUCAAAAAUGUACGAGGUAUUUAUGUCUUAAUUAUUUCACUGAGGUUGAGACAACGUAAAAAAUACGAUGACAAAUACAACGUUGCAAGUUAGCCGCCCGUGGAUGCGUGUUAUUAAAUAAUUCGUAAGUAUUUAUUUCCGGACAAGUCUUAAAAAUGCUGAGGCGACGACAUGUCAAUGUUAAAACAGUCAAGGAACUGGACGCGUUCCCCAAAGUGCCUGAAUUGUAUGUCGACAAGACCGCGGUUGGAGGAACGUUUUCCAUUUUCACAGUCUGCAUCAUUACAUACUUAAUAAUAGCUGAAACCAGCUACUUCCUUGACAGCAGAUUGCAAUUCAAAUUUGAGACAGACACUGAAAUUGAUGCAAAAUUGCAAAUCAACAUCGACAUAACAGUGGCUAUGCCAUGUGGACGUAUCGGUGCAGAUGUUUUGGACUCCACGGAACAAGAUCUAUUUGGCUACGAUUCUCUGGCAGAAGAGGACACAUGGUGGGAAUUGACACCAGAGCAAAGGUCACAUUUUGAAGCUCUGAAACAUAUGAAUUCAUACUUGAGGGAAGAAUAUCAUGCUAUUCAUGAACUCCUUUGGAAAUCUAAUCAAGUCACUCUUUUCAGCGAAAUGCCAAAGCGAUCUUACGAACCUGAUUACCCACCGAAUGCUUGUCGCAUCCACGGCAGUUUGAAUGUAAAUAAGGUGGCAGGAAACUUUCAUAUAACCACUGGAAAGUCCCUGAGUGUACCUCGUGGUCAUAUACAUAUCUCUGCGUUUAUGACCGACCGAGAUUACAAUUUUACUCACAGAAUCAAUAGGUUUUCUUUUGGCGGGCCUAGUCCGGGCAUUGUGCAUCCUCUCGAAGGCGACGAGAAAAUUGCAGACUACAACAUGAUGUUGUACCAAUAUUUCGUAGAAGUCGUUCCUACGGAUAUCAGAACAUUGUUGAGUACAUCUAAGACAUACCAGUACAGUGUCAAAGAUCAUCAGAGGCCAAUCGACCAUAACAAAGGUUCCCACGGAGUACCGGGCAUUUUUAUUAAAUACGACAUGAGUGCACUUAAGAUAAAAGUGACUCAGCAACGCGAUACGAUCUUUCAAUUUUUAGUGAAAUUAUGCGCCACUGUGGGCGGGAUUUUCGUUACAAGCGGACUGAUUAAGAAUAUUGUACAAAGUUUCUGGUAUGUCGUAUGCUGCAAGUUCUUGAGCUCCGAAACGAAGGUGGACAACGAUAGAUUAUCCGCUGCGCACUCCGCGAAUUAUCGAGCACCCGACACCAUAAACCUACUCGAUGUCGCAGCCCCGCGAAGUAUCGAUAUUAUGCUGAAGCCUCAAUAAGAAUAAUUCGUAUUAUGAGUUGAUACUUGCAGCGCGAUAGCGCGAGAAGUGUGUGGAAACGUGCUACGCGCGCUACAACUGGUGGGAAAACAGAAGAGAAAAAAAGUAUGUUUUAUAAUAUCAGUUUCCGCGUGGAAAAUUAUUUAAUACGAGAAUGGUUUGUAUAUUAAGCGAUAUUGUGAUAAUAAAUCAUCUUUGAACGGUC